AUGUUCUUUCAGUUCCUUGCUCGCCCGGAUGCUAACAACAAAACGGUGGUCAUCGUCGGAACUUUUGUCGUUCUCAAACUCCAGAAACUAAUCUUCAUGACCGUCAAAACUCGCAACUGUCGUGCUAACGAUAAUUACGUCGUCGCUCCUGGAAACGCUCUGGCUGAAACCACAGCUCAGGCUUUCCGUUGUUUUGCUUUUGUCGUCGAGUUCUUCUUCAUCGUCCUUUACUCCCGCGUAAUCGCCUACAUGUGUGAGACACCAGCCAGCCGAAACAUUGUUUCUGCAUACACCGUAGUUUUUCUCAUCAUUCAUGCCUGGGAACAUCUUCUCGCUGGAAUCAACGCAAACCGCGCAACUAACAAUCUGUGA